AAUGCUGGAUUUAUCAAGGACGUGGGACUGACUUCUAGUGUCUGAAUUUGAUUUUUGUGUCUACCCAUCUCGAGUGGCUACCUGACAUCAGCUACACAGGAGCGUGAAGACAGUCUGACAUUGUGUACGUCAUAUCACUGUGUCAGUUAAGUUAAAACGUCCACAUUGGAGCCCAGUGUACGUCUCACCACCAGAUACAGUGAUCCUCAAGUUUUGAUAGGACGUCGUCUUUAUUUCAACGUACCCCGAGAAAACUGUCCAGCCUGAAAAAAGCAUUGUCAUGGACGUGGGAUGACGUAGAAAAAACCCAGCAUUGUGUUCUCCCUGCAACCCAGACUUGAGCUCGAAGAAUGAGUCUUUGUCAGCUGCUCUUGGUGUGGACGUAUGUGUUGGUUAUCACGAACAGGACGUCAUGUAAAGUAGACAAUACAGAGGAUAUCACAUUUUAUGUUUCACAGCGCAGUCUACCUCGUCAAGUUGACAUUGUCUACACGCUGAUGAGAGAUAAACUGCCAUGGAACCAAGCCUUAGCUGCUUGCCAAAAGACUUUUGGACAGUAUGGAGGAACUCUUGUGACGCUGGAUGGCCCUGAUAUUGCCUACUCUAUCUUCCAACGUAUGUCUGAGUCUGAUGAUAAUUUUUGGACCGGAUUGCAUUGCGCAGACGAUAAUUGUAACUUGAAAGUGUGGUCAGAUUGCUCUCACUAUGACGGCGACAAAAGCCGACUUGAUUCCUCAGAGGAUGGAAUGUGUUACUAUGUCGAAAAGGAAAAGACAGAUAAACUUAUUAAAAAAGAGUGUAGCCAACAAUACCGCUAUGUUUGCCAGUAUUUGAAACCGAAUUCUUCAACGUGUAACAACAUCUGCACCACGGACUCGAACAUUAACAUGUGUCGCCAAGCCGGCAAUUAUCUCACAUUCCAAUCUGCCUCGGGCACUGGCACUAGAUGCUACGAGGAGUGUGUCCAAACUCAGGGGUGCUGGAUGUUCUGGGAUGUGGAGAAAAAGUCCUGUCUGUUGGGAGUCAGCGCAUGGUACACGGUUAAUGUCAGUAAUGCAGCAGUCAGUGUCCCUGAAGACGCCAGAAAAACGCCAAUGCAUUGUUCUCUAACUUCAGAAAUUCAGAAUACCUGCAUGACUUCGACUGUUACCCUGAUUGUUAGUAGUCAACAGCAGUGUGACAAUACAGUCACUACCACAAUGACCAAAUCUGCUUCUACUGUGACUCGAACAGUUACUCUGGACGUCACCACAAAGGUAUUGGUGCCCACCACCUUGACCCUGUCAACCGCUGUGGCACCAGCCACCACGACAGUGACUACCACUGUGACGAUAGAAACCGAUGUCCAUCCCUUGAAGACAACAACGGUGUACAGGACAGAAUGUUCACAGACAUUGACACUGGACAGGAUGCUGGAAGCAAGUUGCUCUUACGCAACCAGACAAUCACAAGCAGCAUCCGAAUUAAUGACGUCAUUUCGCGUCUCACCAACGAGCUCCUUACAGGUCGCUACAGCGGCACUAACUGGAAAUGCGCCAUCACCUAGUAACCAAGCAAGUUUUCAGCUUCCGGCAUUGAGCUUAUCAUUGACCGACCAGCAGAUGCACCUCACGUCAUUAUCGAUCAACGUCACAGCAGCGCUGUCCGACGAAUUGCUGGAGUCAAUGACGUCCUCCAUCGUUCAGGAGCUGAAGGUGCCAACGGAAAACCUCUCCAAGACGAAGCGCCUGAAAAUCAGCAUCUACGACGGAAGGACAUCUUCCACCGUGUCCGGUGUUUCGGCCUGUGCUUUCUUAGGGCUGACUGUCAGCGUUGUCGUUGUCAUGGACGCCCUCAAGUUGUUUCCAGCUAUACUAAAGAUGAUUAAAAAAAUGAACAGUUAGCGUUCAAAAUAUCUGAAGUAGUAUUUUCAAAGCUGAGACAUUGUUUAAAUUUACAGCUCAUUUAGGGAAUGUUGUUGCAUGUAAACUGAUAACUAAACUAAGGAUUAAAUCAAAGGAAUGACUGAAGAAGUACACAUGAACUUAGAACAUAACAGCACGCUCCGGUUCACGAUUUUAAUAUUUUAUCUUCACUAAGAAGAUACAAGAGAACGAUCAUAAAAAAAAACAGAUACAGGAACUUUUGUGUUCCCGUAGCAACUAAAUCAUUGGAUAAAUUAUUAAAUAAAUCAUUGAUAAAUCUUUGACUAAAUCAUUAAGUAAAUCAUUGAUUAAAUUAUUGAACAAAUCCUUGACUAAAUCCUUGAAUAAAUCAUUGGCUAAAUCAUUGAAUAAAUUAUUGAAUAAAUCAUAGAAUAAAUCAUUGAAAAAAUCCAUGACUAAAUCAUUUACUAAAUCAUUGAAUAAAUCAUUAAAUAAAUCCUUGACUAAAUCAUUGAAUAAGUCAUUGACUAAAUCAUUUAAUUGAUUAAAUCCUUGACUAAAUCAUUCAAUAAAUCAUUGAUUAAAUCAUUGAAUAAAUCAUCGAAUACAUCAAUGAACAAAUCUUCUAUUUCUCCUGUACACCUCACGAGUACUGAUUAAGUGAAAUUGUGGUAUAAACUCAUAUUUUGUGUGAUAUCAUAUAAAUCGUUUGGUCUUGUAAUAAUCAUAUAAUGCAUGGGCGUAGCCGGGGGGGGGGUUUGGGGUUCAACCCCCCCCCCCCCCCGAAAUGAAAUGGAAUUAAGUGACUGAUUUUUGCUUUCAUUUUGUUUAUUUUAGGUGAGAUUUUAAUACUAAAUCAUCACUUACCACAUCACAGCCGAGGGGGUUUUGAGUUAAAAACCCUCUACUAGGGGGUUUUGAGUUAAAACCCCCCUCCUCCAGAUGGCUUUUUCUUUAAAGUUUAAAACCCCUCCAGAUGGUUUUGGUGUUUAAAAUUCCCCUACAGAGCGUUUUGAGUUGGAAACCUCUUUCUUCAAUAUUAUUUUAAAGCAAACUACAGUCACCAAAUUCUAUGAUCGUAGCUAAAUGGGGUUUUGAAUUAUAAAAAAAACCAAAAAACUCCAGAGAUUUUUUAGUUUAAAACGCCUCAACAGAUGAUUUUGAAGAUAAAACUUUCCUGUUCGAUAUAAAAUCUAAAGCGAAAUACAGGCAUGUAAUUCCAAGAGCGUAGCCAAGAGAGGUUACAAAUUUCUACCAGUGACUUGGGCUCCAUUAAUAAAGUGUGAAUAGUCUUCUGCCGAAAUUGAAAAACACUAAAUGUGGCUCAACAAAGACAGAUUUUAGGAGUCAGUUAUAGAGAUAGGGUUUAAAUCAAAUAAAUCAUAUGCCGAACUGGGAGUCGAACCCUUAGUAAGGUUGUGACAGAGCGUCGCAUGAGGUUUUGCGGGACAUGUUCUCCGACAAAAUGAAUUACGCAUAAUAAGAGUUGCGGAAACAGCUUGCCGGAAAAUGCGCCGAACGGCGCGAGAGGGUCUAAGUCAGUAAGAAUAGCACAUUAGGUUUUUGAAAUAAAACUUUUUAAUAGCAAGAUAAUGCACUGUAGAUACCUCAGAAUAUGCAUUUUGUUGGCUUUCAUUACCAGAAAUAGUGCUCGGCGGCGGGGCUUCGCCCCGCGCUGGGGGAGCGCUGCGAGCUCCCCCAGACCCCCUUGUUAACAAGGGCGGGGAGUCUACAAGUUUUCCACUUAUUCCAGGAAGAACCUAUUCUAGGGCACAAUAAACGUCUCCCGAAAAGGUCAGAAUGUAAUAAAGAUUAAUUAUGUACACACACACACUCAUAUAUAUAUAUAUAUAGUUUUUUUCCGCGGGGGGGGGGGACCCCCCCCGAAAAAAAAUCCUGGCUACGCCCAUGAUAUAAUGUAUUGUUAUGUGUCAUGCACACUUGUAAAACUAAUUUCCUCAUGUAUAAUAAAGAUUAUUAUUAUGCUUAUUAUUAAUGUUUCCGAUGGCUGUUAUCAAUAUGCUUUACUUUCAUUACUCCCAGUGAACCAGAGUUUCAAAUUUGUGAUGUUAACUCUCAUACUUCCUGUUCCUUCCUCAAAAUAGCAACAUGAUGUCAUAGCCUUAUGAUUCCCCCUAUUUUAGUGGGAUGGAUAGUAAAUAUGAUUUGGCAAGGGGGGGGGGGACACUUAAAAAGAAAGGUGAAAUUUUUAUUGAGAUUAAAGAUGCUCCAUGGAGGAGCAUGGAGGUGGGGGUGUGAAAAUUCUGAUCUCAUCAACUCUCAAUCCCAGGAAAUGUACAGAGCUACGCGAAUCUUUCAGGUUCUCAAUCACAGUCUUUUGAAAAAAAAAAAUUCCUCUUAUUAGCCUGCAAACUUUUCAUGGCUGUAAACUAAGUGGACACUGGGUGGACACUAGGUGGACACGAAUCUCGAAAACAGUAAUGACGAUUUUCCUAGAAAUUUGAAUUAUUUAAUACAAUUUUGAUGUUUACAAGAAAUAAAAAAAAAGAUUAUAGAGAACCAUCAGGAUCAUAAAGGACGAAUGGAUAAUUGUUUUUAUGUUACUUGUUAAAAGUUCUCUUACUAGCUAGUAAACUCUUUAAGGCUUUAAUAGGUGAAGACUAUUUUUUUAUUUUGUGUGUUACUCGUAAGGACAAUUCUUCUUCUAGCCAGCAUUUUGAUACUGAGCUGUAGGCUCUUUUGUAGCCUGUGUCAAAGAAAAGCAAAGCAUGCUGUUCGCUUCAGCUGUUCAGUACUACCAUACACAGUGUUGGUUAUGUUGGGCUGCGGUGGUAAUAGGAGAAUUAAAAUGGGGCAUUCAAAGAUUCAUAGUUGCCUAAGGGUGGGCGCAGUGUCUCGUAGGGACACAGAACACGCGGUGAACUAGUGGUGAAAUAGUGGUGAACUAGAUCUACUCUGUCUGUCGGUCUGCGGUAUAAUUGUUUGAUUCACCUGGGAUUUGGUGUACUAAGUAUAUACAGGGUCGAUUUCAUUAUCAGACAAGGCAAUCAGGGUCCACUGAAAACUAAAAAAAAAAGUGAGUACCCCUUUAAGUGCGAUCUAUGGGAAAGACGAUGUAAAAGAUCAACCACCAUUACAUUUCCCAACAAUUGUCAGGUACCCAUUAGAGCGGUAAGUGACGUUUUAUCGCGACUGUUUUGGCGCUGCCGUUUUGGCGCGAGAAAUGUUUGUGCAGGGGACGUUUUGGUGUGAGAUAUUCUGACAAUAAUUCUAGAAACACAUUCUUUUCUAGUAUAGAUUAUUUCACCGUGAUAUAUUAUUGUAUGUAUAGUAUGAAUUCUACCCCCUUCCGACGAAUUUUUUUUAGUGGCCCCCCAAAGGAGAGAAGACGCUAUUAGUUUUGUGUGGCCCGUCUGUCGUCUGUCCGUCCCGUUUAGAUCUCAGAAACUAGAAGAGAAAAUGAAAAUCGGUCAUCAUGAUGUUUUAGAUCAUUCAAAGUUCUGAUGCAACGGAUACCUUUUCUUUUCUGAAAGCGAAAAAUCUAAUUUUUUAAAUCAGUUAUGCAAGCUGUUUUUAAUAAAAAUACACCAUUUUUACAACUUUUUAGUAAGGAAGAUGACUAUUUACUAUUUUUUUAACACAUUAUUAUUUUUUUUACAAUUGUAUUGCUAAGUUAUGUAAGUUCUGUCAUACUUAAUACUACAUUUACAAAAAAAUGUUAACUUUUGUUUUUAAAGGGAAAAUAAUCUAUUUACUAUGCAAAUAAGUUGGACAUAAUUUAAAACAAAAAUUAAUAAGCAGUUUUUUAUAUUAUCGCGUGAGCUGCAAAGCACAUCGUAUGCCACGGAACACAAAACUAAAGGAAUUUUUUUUUUUUUACAGAAAUGUUUUUUUCUUGAAACUUUGAAUAAGAGAUUGACCCUUUACAAAACAAUUAGAUCAAUUAGAUAACUCAUUAUAAGACAUCAGUUAGGCCAGGUUCACAUCUAACUUCACAUACACUUUUCACCUAUCCCUUGGUCUGCUGGACAUUUGGGGCACCACACAGGAUCUGUCAACCUUCUUUCUCCAUUCUUCUCUUUCAUUUGCCUUUGAUAGAAUUUCAUUAUGAUAUUAUUUCUGAAAAUAUUGAAACCAGCCUUUUUUCCUGCCUGGGUGGACCACUUCGGGGGCCGAUUUUGAGUUUGUGUUUCGACACAAACUGUCUUUGUAACCCUGUUGAUAAAGAUUUUGAUUAUUCCGUCAAUAUAUAAUAAGUCUGUUUUCUACCUGAAACCAAGGCAAUGACAUGCUUACCCCUCCCCCCCCCCUAAAUUAUAUGCGAGUUCUGCUAAACACACUGGAAGACAUCCAUUUAUUUUUAUUUCGAAAAACAUUUAAAAAAAAAGUAUUGACAUUUAUUUCAUGUCCGCAGAAGCUAAGAAAUGUUUUAAAAGAUGGAUUCUAUCUGGUAAAAAAUAUUUUGGUUAAGUGUGAUUUAGGUGACACAUCUUCUCUUGAUGCAGAUUGUUUUAUUUUUAAUUAACCACGUGAUUUAUAUUAUAAUAAUUCUCCGCCCCCCCCCCAAAAAAAAAAACACGUAGAAGAAGUUUAGAUAACUUUGAGACUAUUUCAUACACGAUACUGUGAACUAUGGGUAGCUGCCUGGUCAUGUGGUAUUGUCUCGGUAUUGUGGUUUCGAAAGUCCAGGGUUCAAACCUUUCCCACCUCAAUCCCCAACCAUCCUGUGGGAAGUUUGUAUUAGGAUGUUAUAAUCCUUAGUUCUUACGAACAUUACGAAAAUGUAAAACAUUCAAAGUAGGAAAGGUCAAAAUAACCCCUGAGCCAAAACUGCUCCGCCAAAAUGUCUCCCGCACCAAAACAGCUGCGUUAAAACGUACUGCUUCGCCAUUAGAGCUGGGUGGACGCAGAGGCACCCUUAUUAUCUCGAAAUUAAAAAUACCAGUCUUCACCAGCGUUCGAACCCAAAACCUAUCGGAAGCAAAGCGCUUCACCACUACGCCACCACUUUAAUGGGGAUAAAACAAUAACAAUGAAAAAAGUGGCAACCCAAACGCUAAAUCUCGAGCAUAUUCUCAUCUCAUCUGUUCCGUUCGUCUUAGAGGUCCCAUGACAGUUCGUAGAGUGUUCUGACAGUUCGGAUGGAGUACUUUGUCCUACUAAUGCUCUGACAGCAUGCUUUUCUUUCUUCGUUCUCCUAUGUACCUUGAAGGAUGUCUUUGUGACUAGUGAGUCAUGUUUUACAAUACGACCUACCAGCUCAGCUUUCUCUCUUCAUAUUAUUAUUAAGGGAGUUCCUAUGUUUUACCAGCUUGAGUGUUGAUUUCUAAAAGUACAAACUCGUGUGUUUUCCUGGGGUCUGAUACCCAGCGAUUUCCUGUAGCAUUUCCUCUCAAAGACUUGAUCUCAUCUUUCAGCCUCAGCGUUCGGUGUCCAACUUUCACAAUCAUAUAGAUCUUGGAGUACCCAGACCACUAACGGAGAAUGCAGUUUUAAUUAGGGGACGUAGAAUUAGACAUCGCAGAUUGUUUCCAAGUCUUUGGUUUGAAUGAUUGGUCAAAUUAUUAUUAUUUUUUUGACAUUCCUCCUUCUUUCUGUAUCGGAAUGUAUUGUGCUACAUUUAGUCUGUAAAAAUGUUCUGGAAUGGGUUUGAUAUAUGUACAUAAAAGUUAUGGAAAUUAUAUGUGAUUUGUU